UCUAUGAGACACCCUAGAAAGUUUACGGUGGAAGACUUUGGGUAAUACUUUGCGAAUCUAGAUGCUUGGUUCGUUGUCAGAAAGUUAUGCACGAGGCUCAGAUGCUCACACUGUUCCGCGAUGUGGAGAAGACUCUCUGACGAUUAUUAGAAUUGGCAUGAGGAAGGAUCUAUUAGUCUGAGCACUCGACAGAAGUCAAUCAGCACGUCGUAAGCGCAACGCCGUCGGUAAUGACCUUCGAAGACUUAGCUUCUCUUCUCGAGGUCUUAUCUUCGUGCAAACGAUGGACUCGAUAGUGUCGUGAGACCGCAAAACCCGGAUAUUCUGAUAGCCGAACCUUUUUAUCAUGUUUCUUCGCUUACCUUCAACCGACAUGUCGUGAUACCAAGACACUUCGGUCACUAUAAUAUAUUAACCCCCUCGCUGAGCUGAGCUUUCAUCAUUCAAGUUUCACAAUGCCUUCGGACACAGUCAUGGAUUUGCCCAAAGAAGGUCACCUAAAGCCUCGCUUGGGCAUGGUAACAAUGAUUGGGAUGACUUUCGGCAUACUCAACACAUGGAUUGCUCUUGCGGGGAGCUUAGGACUCGUACUUCCUUCAGGCGGCUCUGUUGCAUUUGUUUAUGGAUUUGUCUUCUGCGUCCUUUGUAACCUCGCCCUAGGAGCCAGCCUUGGAGAAUUAGCGGCGAUAUGGCCAACCGCCGGCGGACAAUACCACUUCAUCUAUGCUCUUUGUACAGAUAGCUGGAAGAAGUCUGUAAGCUUCUGGACAGGCUGGACGGCCAUUGUUGGCUGGCUCACUCUUGUGACCACGGAAGGAUUCUUCGCAGCUCAAUUCUUUUCGGCUGCGGGUGUGAUGGGCUCGAAUGGAGGCUAUGAAAUCAUGCAGUGGAAGACUUAUCUGAUAUUUGUUGCUAUUCUCACAUUUGGUACUUUAGUAAAUGUAUUUGGCAAUCGUUUGCUUGGUCGAUGGAACGACGGUGCCUUAUACUGGUCAAUUACAGCGGUCAUCGUGAUAAGCAUCACGAUCCUUGCCACCUCAGAUAAGAACGAUGGUGACUUUGUCUUUACAAGCUUCGAAAAUGAGACUGGAUGGUCCGACGGAGUAUCUUGGAUUCUUGGUCUCCUACAGUCUGCCUUGUCACUAAUAGGCUACGACGCUGCUUUACAUAUGACAGAGGAGAUGCCUCGUCCGUCUGAGGAUGCUCCUCGAGCAAUAAUGUAUAGCAUCAUGGUUGGCGGAGUGACGGGGACCGUGUUCAUCAUCGUCAUGCUGUUCUCCCUAACGGAUCCGGAGACUGUGCUGGGCACAGCGACAAAUAUGCCAAUCACGGAAUUGAUAUAUCAAGCUACACAUAAUCGUGGAGCAUCUGUGUUUUUAACGGUCAUGCUCGGCGUAUGCUUCAUUAAUGGAACCAUGUCCUGCAUCACGAGUUCCAGUAGACUACUUUAUGCGAUGGCGCGAGAUAAAGGCAUGAUAUUCCCCUCCUUUUUUGGGCGCAUCCAUAAAGGAUUGGAUGUUCCACUUGAAGCUAUUUUACUAACUUAUAUCUUCAACCUCUGCUUCGGGCUGCUCUAUCUCGGACCCAGCGUCGCAUUUAACGCCUAUGUCUCUUCCUGCACAAUAUUCCUCAACAUAUCUGUUGCGCUUCCAGUCCUUGUGCUCUGCAUCCGCGGUCGCUCAAUUCUCGCAAACUUCCGCUCCAGCACAACUCCAUUUCAGCUCGGCUCAAUUCUUGGUUCCAUCUGCAACUGGGCCGCUGUGCUCUUUGUAGGAAUCACAAGCGUGUUUUUCUGUUUCCCGCCGACCCUACCAGUAGACUCAAAUCAUAUGAACUAUGUUACUGUUGUGAUCGGUAUUUUCUUGCUGGUACUAAGCAUUUAUUGGAUCGUCUAUGGGAAAAGAUUUCAGGGACCCAAGUUUGACAUUAUCAUGGGUAUAGCAGAAGAAGAGAGGGAGGCGAGGACAAGCAUUAACGUGGAAGUAUCUGAAGCUAAACAGGCUUAAUGAAUGUGACUU